CAUAAAUGCAAUAUAAACAGGCGAUAUUUCUUCGUGACAUAAUCAAACAGCAGUUUGUUAUGGUUUAAAUGGUGGUCAGAUCAUAAUCAUGAUUCGUUAAAAUCAAAUUUGAAAAUUCGAUGAAAUGCUUAAAAUACAACCAUGUUUACUACCGAUAAGUGAGAAUCGAUUUUAUUCUUCUCGGUAUAUUUUUGAGGGUCAGACGGUAUAUUUUGUCGAUAAAUACGCGGUCACACUGACAACAACGCCGCAGGUACACCCACGACGAAAAAACCUAAUCGAAUACAGAAAAUAAUUUCUUUUCUAAUAAAAUUGAUUUAAAAAACGCCAUAUAUUGGCCAGUGGUCGGGCUAGUAAUUCCCCAAGAUGACGCGUGUAACGAAAAGUGAUAUUUCACUCGAUAUGGAAGUCUGGGUGGAGGAAUUGUCGGAGGCGCAGUUGGCGUACUACGACAAAAUAACCAACGAGCAUUAUGCUGUAAAAAAUGCACUCAAGAGCGCCGUGAGCGCGAAUGAAGGAAAGGAACUGUUCAAUGGCCAAGUGUUUCAGGCUUAUUCGUUUAAGGGAAAGGUCCUGCAGGAGCUGAAAGAGGCAACAUUACCUAAGAAGCCGCCGAAGCCGGUCGAACCACCGCAGCCUACCACACCGGUCACUGGCUCCACUGGAAGAGGACGUGGACGACCAAAACAGUCUUCAAAUAUUGCUUAUUUGGAGUCAUCCGACGACGGCGAUGACGAUGUUCCGUUGGCCAAGAGAUUAGCCCUGUCCGCGGGUAAAAAAGCAGCGGCUGCUGGAACAUCUCCCAAGCUUGGCAAAAAAGCAGCAGCCGCCGCUGCGUCAUCCCCAGGCAAAGCUUCGCCCCAACCGAAGGGCAGCAAAAGUAGCUCCAGUGGCAAAUCUACAAAAGACUCCAACAAAGAUGGUGAAUCUCCUCCUAAAAACUAUCGCCCAGCUGAGGUCAACUCGGUGGGAGGUCUAGUUGUGGGCAGCACUGACGAGAGUAAAGAUCCUAAAGACGCCAAGGAUGGCAAGGACUCCAAAAUGCAGGGGAAAACAUAUCCCUCGCUGGUGGUGCUGGCCAAGCCGUUCCUUAAGAUCAAAGAUAUGGCUGCAACACGCAGCAAACUGGACUCCAAGGUCAAACUGGUUCUCAUGCUGACCCCGAACAAGUUUUGCGAGUGGCUGCUCCAGGAGGGUCUUCUCAGGUCCCAGCAGCAUUGCAUUAAUCAUCGAAAUAGCGAACUGAAAUUGGGAAUAUACUCGGAUGUAUCGAAAUUCCCGUAUACCGGAGGCUAUGUGUGGAUCAGUGACUGCUGUCCAUAUCGCUUUGUUUCCGUCUUCAAUAAUUCAAUAUUCGAGGGAGCUUCGCAUCCGCCCACAUUCCUUCUGAAGCUAAUCUACCAUUGGGCCUGCCAGACCAGCAUUCAGAAUGUGGUCCAGUGGGUCAAGGUGGACAGUGUGUACAUCAAGGGCAUCUACACCUGGCUGAGAGCCAUUUGCACUUUGGCCGUGCAUCAGAAGUGCAAGAAGCUGGGAGGUCCCGGCAAGUUUGUGGAGGUGGGCGUCAUCUCACUUGGAACUACCUCGCAAGAUGGGGCUCAGCGACAGGUUAAGGUCGAAGUGCUAGGUGUCUAUGAUUAUGCAGAGAAAUCAAUCCGUUUGCGCGCAGUGGAGCCGAUUAUUGAUGGCGAUCGUAAUUACAAGAAACGCUUUCAGGGCAUACUUGAGCCGCUUUCGCGUUGGGUCCACAAGGACAGCACCAUUUGCAUUGACCUGACGGUGGACAAGAUCACCCUGUUCAGCUUGGGAUUCAAGAAUAUUGUCCAGGCAGCGGCCACAGACAACACGGCCAAGCACAAUAACUCGGCGGUGAUGGAGUAUUUGCGCAGAAUAGUUCCUCGCAUGUUCCAGAACACAUUGUCCCUGCUGUCGCGUCAGAUGAUUCAGCAAUUCCUGGACGAGCUUGUCUGGCGUGAAUCUUUUGGCACGUAUGCUCUGCAGGCCUUCAAUAACAUAAUAAUACACAUUGCCGAGCAGACGAGAGUUACCACCACCGAGACAAUCACCCAACGCCUGUAUCAGGUGGCAACUAACCCUUUCAAAGACUGGAGCGUGCUGCCGGCCAACUACAAGGAGACACCGGCCAAUGCGGCACCCAAGCGCCUCAAGAAACCGAUUAACGAUGCAGAUUAUACCAGCUCCACCAAGACGCCGAAGAAGGAAAAAAAAGAGAAGGAUAUUGAGAAGGAGAUACUGCCAGCUGGCACCAAGAGACGUGCGGUGAACACACCGCCACCGCCUCCACCAGCUACGAAGGGACCGGGAAGACCACCAGGCAAGGCCUCAGCCAAACACACGUCCGCAAAGCCAGCCGCACCUUCAGCCACGGUGACCAAAUCAUUGGCCAAGAAGCCUAAGGAAAAAGAAGAGAAAACCCCCGUGGUGGUCAAGAAAGAGGAGGACGACCUCAAGGGACUGGAGGAGCUGUACUAUGGCAUAAGCGAUGGAUCGGAUGAAUACUUUGAACAAUUUCCAUACAACUCGCCCAGGGCUAAUCCCGAUCAGCUUACCAAGACAGUGGACUGCCCAAUUUGCCUGAGCGAAUCCUUUGACUCCAAUGAGAAGCUACAAACGCAUUUGGUGUCGCACAUCUCGCCAGAGGGCAAGCAGCAUCAGUUCCAGUGCCUGUUUUGCCUGGAGAAACAUCCCACGGAGUCGGUGCUGGCCAAACACAACCAGAUCAUGCAUCCAACCGAGACCAAGACGGAGGGUUCACCCUCCUACUAUUGCCUCAUUUGUCAGCAGCGGCACAAUUCUCUGCAUUUGCUAACUGCCCAUCUACAGAGGGUCCACAGCACCCUAGAGCUGCCCUAUGGGUGCCAGUCCUGCGGCUACCGAUCGUCGUCACAUCGCGAUCUGGUCAGGCAUUUCUACGAUGACCACAAGAACCAGAACUUCCUGCAGUGUCCUUACUGCCUGGACAUAUUCUACUUUUCCCUUCGCGGCUCUGUCAACCAGUUGCGCAUCGAAAACUACUUCCUGCACUUGAACGAUCACGUCAACAAGCGGGAGCCAUCGUUGCGCUGUCAGAAGUGCUCGCUCAGCUUCCUGGAGAAGGGCGAUCUGAAGCAGCAUUCGGUUCAGCAUCAUGUCAGCAUGACCAAGACCAACAAGCCCGUCCGUCUGUUGCUCAACACUUCGCUGCUGAUUCCACCACCGAAGGUGCGCACCCAUCACAAGGAGCCGGCUCCCUUCUCCACCUACAAGCGACCGGUGUUCUUUGCCUUCCUCGAGGGCAAGACCUGUGCCGAGUGCAACACCGAUUAUGCCAGCGAGGAGACACAUUACACCGGGUGGCUGCACUGCGUGAAGUGCAAUUAUCAAACAUGCUGCGAGCGGGCCCAGUUCCGGCACGGCGUGGACUGCAAUGGAAACUUCGUGGAUGCCAUGGAGGUUAAUCUGCCGCAGGAGAUGCACUGCAUUUGCGGCUUCGCCACCAGCAAUGGCAACAAGAUGGCGCAGCAUUUGGCCAACUGUGGCCUGAGCACCUGCUACGCCAGUCUCGAGGCGGCCAAUGAGAAUGCCGUCAAGCGCAAUAUGCUGGACAUGUUGGGUUUGGUUCGACGCGAUGGGGACACGUCCGGCGAGGGUGCCGAUAUAAGUGAGACUGCGGACGAUGCCACUGAUGAUCACAUCGAAAUGUUGCAGGCGCCAGGGGAGCAACAGCUGCAGCAGUUGGAGGUCCAGCAGCCCGAACAACCGGAAGACCUUCCAGAGCCACAGACAGAGCUUCAACAGAACUACUUGUCCGCGCCUGUGGACCCUGAACCAGUUUCCGUUCUACCCGUGCAGCAGAGUUUGCCUGCUCCAAUUCAGUUCGGGGAAAUGGAGGCAGCCCCGGUCCUGAUAGACCCCCAGCAUCAGGUACAGGCACCCACCGACUACGCUCAAGUGUCCGUGGUACAGCAGCAGCAUCAGCAACAGCAGCAGUCCUAUGGACUGGGAUAUGGACAAGGCGCCAUAUCCACCGACAUUGACAUGCCACUCAUCGGGGAGCUUUCCGAGCCCAACGCUCCGCCCACACCCCAGUUUCUGGGCGAGGUGCACACGCCCAUGUUCGAUGCAGUGGCCGCUGCCGAGCAGCAGCACUACCACGCCCAGCAGCACCAUCAUCCCCAAUGAUAUAGGCCACCCGGCAAGCUAAAAUCACGCGACUAUACACUUCAUUGGCAGAAUUACUAGACAUAGUAAUUUAAAAAUCGUAUUUCCCAUUUGAUUUUUGAUCAUCAAACCGUUUAAGAUAUUCAAACAGUAGGCCCUUUCGUAUCGUAUCGCGAAGAAUAUUACUAUAAAGACACCCAGUUGAGAAAUUUUGGGGAAGGGCUGUAAGUGUUGUAGCAUCUAGUUCGGCAGUAAAAAUAACACAUACUGGAAAUAAUCUCAAUUGCUUGAAGGAAACAUGACCCAGAGUACGCAUUCCUCUGCAAUUCGAUCAACUCGUAUCUUACAUAGUUGAAGUAACUAGAACUUGACAUACAAUAUGGAUAUAAGAAAAAUAAUAAUUUGUUAAUUAAACAAAGAAAUGGAACUAUUAAUAAAAGUAUAUCCACCUUAGAAUGUGCCUU